AUGGGAGGGAUACUCAACCGUCGGAUUCCGUUCAGAGAGGGUUAGAAUUUUCUUUUUGGCACUUUACAAAAUGGUAGAGGAAAUUGCGGCAAAGGCGGAAACUAAGCAAGGUCGAUGUGUCAAAGAUCACCUUAUUAACUUGUGGAUUGAUAUGUUGAAGUGUAUGCUGGUGGAAUUGGACCUUUGGAAAAUUAAAUCAACUACCCCAAGCAUAGAGGAGUACUUGUCUGUUGCAUGUGUAACUAUUGGUGUUCCAUGUUUUGUUCUCACAUCACUAUAUCUUCUUGGACCAAAACUGUCCAAGGAUGUCAUAGAAAGUUCUGAGGUCAGUGCCUUAUGCAAUUGUACAGCUGCUGUGGCCCGAUUGAUUAAUGAUAUACACAGUUACAAGAGAGAACAAGCAGAAAGUUCAACAAAUAUGGUAUCAAUAUUAAUAACACAAAGUCAGGGAACUAUCUCUGAAGAAGAGGCUAUAAGACAGAUAAAGGAAAUGAUGGAAAGUAAGAGAAGAGAGUUGCUAGGGAUGGUUCUACAAAAUAAAGAAAGCCAAUUGCCACAAGUGUGCAAGGAUCUUUUUUGGACGACAAUCAACGCAGCUUAUUCUAUACAUACACAUGGCGAUGGGUAUCGCUUCCCAGAGGAAUUCAAGAACCAUAUCAACGAUGUAAUUUACAAACCACUCAAUCAAUAUUCCCCAUAAUAUGCCUUAAAUCUUUUACAAUAUGUUACUAAUCUUUGGAACUUGGUUGUGAUAUUAUUAGAUGCAUGGACGAAUUGUACUUCUUUUAUGUUGUGCACAAUAAUGUACAACUGUUACUAUGGGAAAAACUUACUUACACUGCUAUUUUAACUAAA